AUGGGAAUCCCUGGUACGAGCUAUCUUUUGCUCUCCAUGUUUUUCAUGAUGAUUAUGUUGAAUGGCAAAGAUAUUUGCAUAACUGCGUCUGAAGUGUCUGAUGAAAAGCUUCAUAUUGUCUACAUGGGGAGCGUUCAAGAUGAAGGAGAUUAUCAAACUGUGCACCAUGAAAUGCUAGAAUCUGUUCAUGGAAGCCAUGAAGCAGCUGAGCAAUCGUUGAAAUAUAGCUAUGGGAAGAGCUUUGGUGGAUUUGCAGCCAUGCUUUCUCCAUCUCAUGUCCAACAACUUUCGAAUAUGGAUGGUGUGGUCUCGGUGUUUGAGAGCAAGAAACGGCACAUCCUUACAACCAGAUCAUGGGAUUUUAUCAAUUUUCCUUUAUCUGGACAGAGCAAGAAUUUGGAUUAUGAAAGCGACAUCAUCAUUGGUGUUCUAGAUACAGGAAUAUGGCCAGAAUCAGAAAGUUUCAAUGAUGCAGGAUUCGGACCCGUUCCAUCCAAGUGGAGGGGUGGGUGCCAAACAACAUCAGACUUCACCUCCUGUAACAAGAAAAUUAUAGGUGCAAGGUAUUACCACGCUUCCUCUGAUCCUCCAGUUCCUGAUGAGGACUACCUUUCACCCAGAGAUGGCAGUGGUCAUGGAACACACACCUCCUCCACAGCUGCUGGAAAUAUUGUAAAAAAUGCGAGUGUUUAUGGUAUUGCUCAAGGAGAUGCUCGAGGUGGAGUCCCCGGUGCAAGGAUUGCUAUGUACAAGGUUUGCUGGGGUCCAAGCGAGGGUUGUGAGGAUGCAGAUGUUCUUGCUGCAUUUGAUGAUGCCAUCUAUGAUGGUGUAGAUAUCCUUUCUGUUUCUCUUGGAGGCUUUGGCGAUGACUAUUUUCAAAACAGCAUUGCUAUAGGGGCAUUUCAUGCAAUGAAGAGGGGAAUACUUACAUCCAAUGCCUGUGGAAAUGAUGGACAAGAAGCCAUUUAUAAUUAUUCUCCGUGGUCUCUCACAGUGGCUGCAAGCACCAUUGAUCGUACCAUUGAGUCCCAACUCCUACUAGGGAACAAUAUAGGAUUGCAAGGCCUUGCUCUCAACACAUUUACUAUGGAGCAAUCUCUAUAUCCUUUAAUAUAUGGAGGAUAUGCAACCAAUACUUCUGGUGGCUUUACUUAUGACAACUCAAGGUCUUGUGUGGCCAAUUCCCUAGAUGCUACAAAAGUUAAGGGAAAUAUUGUUCUUUGCUAUCAAGGAAGUGAAUAUAAUCCAGACCAAACAAUCUUCCUUACUGAAGGGGAAGGUAUUAUAAUUCUUGAUGAUUAUUUUGAUGAAACGGCUCGUCCCUACCUUGUCCCUGCCACUCUCCUAAACACAACACAAGGAGAUGUCAUCAUAUCUUACAUCAAUUCUACUAGCUCUCCUAUUGCAAAAAUUUUCAAAAGUACUACUCCAAAAGAACCUGCCCCUAUAGUGGCAUCAUUCUCAUCUAGAGGACCUAAUCCAAUCACCAGGAACAUUUUGAAGCCUGAUAUCGCUGCCCCAGGUGUGAAUAUAUUGGCUGCUUGGUCUAUGCAUUCAUCACUUACGGAGCUUCCAGGUGACACAAGGUUUCCAAAAUUUAAUAUAAUAUCAGGGACAUCAAUGGCAUGUCCUCAUGCUACGGGAGCUGCAGGAUUUGUAAAGUCAUAUCACCUAGAGUGGUCUCCAGCUGCUAUUAAGUCUGCUCUUAUGACUACAGCAUAUAUCAUGGACGCGUCAUUACCUCACAAUGGGGAUGCAGAAUUUGGAUAUGGUGCAGGACAAAUAAACCCAGCUAAGGCAAUCAACCCAGGGCUUGUAUAUGAAACUGAUGUAAAUGAUUACAUCAAAAUGUUAUGUAGUCAAGGCUAUAAUGACACUACUUUGCGUCUCUUAACAUCAGAUUUUAGCAGUUGUGAUUCUAUUGAAGUAUUCCAAUAUGGUGCGCUCGAGCUCAACUACCCUUCCAUAAUGGUGGUAACUACUCCAGGAAAGUCUAUUUAUGCUAAAUUUUCAAGAAUAGUUACAAAUGUAGGACCUCCACAAUCUACAUACAAGGUCAUAAUAAAUACACCCUCUGGAAUAAAGGUAACUGUCUCACCAGAUACAUUAGCGUUUUCAACACUAAACCAAAAACUAACUUACAAUAUCACAAUUGAAGGUGGUGUUAUACCUUCUAAUAGUUUAGUCUCUGGUUCAUUAAUAUGGGUCUAUGGAAAUUACAGUGUGAGAAGCCCCAUCGGAGUGUAUUGCCACCUCUCUUAA